UACACAUAAGGAAAUAGAUGCAAGGAGGAGAGGGAUGCCCAAUGGCAGGCGCUUCGAUGAGUCCAUGUGAACGCUGCUGCGUGCUCAGGGAAUGAUGGUGAGAAAGGGGUGGAGGCUGGAGCGGGCAGCAAGGAACUGACAUUUCUAGGUCAGUUUUUCACUCCUUGGUCAAAAGCAGGCUCUCUCCCUGGUCAUUACCAGGAGCCUGGCUCUGGGCAGCAAAGAACUGACAUUUCGAGGAGCUCUGCUAAGGGCUGGGCAAUAUGUGAGGGAGUUCACAGACACCGUCCCAUUUUCACAGCCCUCUGAGGUCGAUAACAUAACCCCCACUUCACGGAUGAGGAACUCGAGCCCAGAAAGGCUGUCAGCCCUGGGAAAGGAAGGGCAGGGCACUGGGCUGGGCAGCUGGCCUGGGACCGCUGGGGUGUGAUAGUGUUCGCUCUGCUUCCCGCAGGUGGGGUGCUGGUGAGGAGGGGUCUCACCAGAGAGGGGGCCGGGAGAGCGUGCUCUUGCCUCCAUCCUCAGACCAGUGUGUCCCUCCCAACCUCUGACCCUCUGAGGCCAGGAGAUGGGUUCGGCUUCCUUUGGUGCCUCUUUUGGAAGUCUCUUCAGACAAACACUGGAGAGAAGGCACAGCACCCUAGGGUGACAUUAGUGGCCAACUCUCCCCAAACAUGGCCAACAAGGGUCCUUCCUAUGGCAUGAGCCGCGAAGUGCAGUCCAAAAUCGAGAAGAAGUACGACGAGGAGCUGGAGGAGCGGCUGGUGGAGUGGAUCAUAGUGCAGUGCGGCCCUGAUGUGGGCCGCCCAGACCGUGGGCGCUUGGGCUUCCAGGUCUGGCUAAAGAAUGGCGUGAUUCUGAGCAAGCUGGUGAACAGCCUGUACCCUGAUGGCUCCAAGCCGGUGAAGGUGCCUGAGAACCCGCCCUCCAUGGUCUUCAAGCAGAUGGAGCAGGUGGCUCAGUUCCUGAAGGCGGCUGAGGACUAUGGGGUCAUCAAGACUGACAUGUUCCAGACUGUUGAUCUCUUUGAAGGCAAAGACAUGGCAGCAGUGCAGAGGACCCUAAUGGCUUUGGGCAGCUUGGCAGUCACCAAGAAUGAUGGGCACUACCGUGGAGAUCCCAACUGGUUUAUGAAGAAAGCGCAGGAGCAUAAGAGGGAAUUCACAGAGAGCCAGCUGCAGGAGGGAAAGCAUGUCAUUGGCCUUCAGAUGGGCACCAACAGAGGGGCCUCCCAGGCCGGCAUGACAGGCUACGGACGACCUCGGCAGAUCAUCAGUUAGAGGGGAGAGGGCCAGCCCUGAGCCCUGCCCUCCCCAGCUCCCUGGCUACAGCCAUCCCGCUUAGCCUGCCUCACCCACACCUGUGUGGUACCUUCAGCCCUGGCCAAGCUUUGAGGCUCUGUCACUGAGCAACGGUAACUGCACAUGGGCAGCUCCUCCCUGUGUCCCCAGCCUCAGCCCAACUUCUUACCCGAAAGCAUCACUGCCUUGGCCCCUCCCUCCUGGCUGCCCCCACCACCUCUACUGUCUCCUCCCUGGGCUAAGCAGGGGAGAAGCGGGCUAGGGGUAGCCUGGAUGUGGGCUAAGUCCACUGUCCUCCUUGGCGGCAAAAGCCCAUUGAAGAAGAACCAGCCCAGCCUGCCCCCUAUCUUUUCCUGGAAUAUUUUUGGGGUUGGAACUCAAAAAAAAAAAAAAAAAAAAAAAAAUACAUCAAUCUUUUCUCAG